CAAAUGCUGAAUUUCCAUUUAUUGAUGUUAAUUUUUGUCCUGAUUUUACAUCGCAACAAUCUAUAGUACGGGAAAAUUUUGACUCUGACAAUAAUGAAAGUAAUUAUUCCAAUAUGUUGCAAA